AAUCCUUCCUGCAGCUGCCAGGCAACAGCGAAAGGAGGGGAAAACCCUGCUCUGUCCCCACACACCCGGAGCUCCAGGUUCGGGCUCUGCUGCUUCACAGUGCAGCUCAGUGUUAUCACUAGAAAUAUGGAUACUGAGAAGAGAACACAGCACUGCAUUGUCCAGCCAGGAAAACAGCAGAUGUAAAAAGCUUCAAUGCAUCAACUGUCGGAAAGAGUCAACAGUGCUCCAAAUAGAACGGCCAGCUCCGGCUCUUUUGUUUAACAAAGGAGAGAGAAAAUGAAAGAAAGGGAAAAUCUCAGAAGACGCGGACCCAUAUGAACCAGGAGGAUAACUGGAAGACACACAGACAGAUGGACACUGGACACUGGAAAGCGACCGUGGCUGGGGGAUGUGCGCAUGUUCCAUAGCAUCUUUCUGCCAAAAGUGUGUUCAGUGGCAUAAUCCUCUCCACACAAACGGCCUGACCAAGGAAGAAUGACUGCCAGGGACACGUGGCUGAACUGAAAACAGAUGACAAAGAGCAGCACUGACUCAGGAGAAAAGCAGUAUUUGGGGCCACCGAUACCUCACACACCAUUACUGGGUUAUUUACAACAUGCUUCAGUGGAGAAGACGGCACUGCUGCUUUGCAAAGAUGACCUGGAAUGCUAAGAGGUCUCUGUUCCGAACCCAUCUUAUCGGGGUGCUUUCCCUGGUGUUUCUUUUUGCUAUGUUUUUGUUUUUCAGCCAUCAUGACUGGCUGCCAGGGAGAGCUGGAUUCAAAGAAAAUCCUGUGACAUACAGUUUUCGAGGAUUUCGUGCCACCAAGAGUGAGACAAACCACAGCUCUCUUCGAAACAUUUGGAAAGAAACAGUCCCUCAGACUCUGAGACCCCAAACUGUAACGAACUCCAAUGACACAGACCAGACACCACAAGGAGUUACAGGACUGGAGAACACACUCAGUGCCAAUGGGAGUAUUUACACUGAAAAGGGUACUAGGCAUCCAAAUGCUUAUCACUUCAAAUAUAUCAUCAAUGAGCCUGAAAAAUGCCAGGACAAAAGUCCUUUCCUAAUACUGCUAAUAGCUGCAGAACCUGGACAAAUAGAAGCUAGAAGAGCGAUUCGGCACACUUGGGGAAAUGAAAGUCUAGCACCUGGUAUCCAAAUAACACGGAUUUUUUUGUUGGGCCUAAGCAUUAAGCUAAACAACUACAUUCAACAUGCAAUAUUGGAAGAAAGCAGACAGUAUCAUGAUAUAAUUCAACAGGAAUACUUAGACACAUACUACAACUUGACUAUUAAAACAUUAAUGGGCAUGAACUGGGUUGCAACAUACUGUCCACAUAUUCCUUAUGUCAUGAAAACUGACAGUGACAUGUUUGUCAACACUGAAUACUUGAUCCACAAGUUGCUGAAGCCAGACCUGCCUCCACGGCACAACUAUUUCACUGGGUACCUCAUGAGAGGCUAUGCGCCCAAUAGAAACAAGGACAGCAAGUGGUACAUGCCACCAGACCUCUACCCAAGUGAGCGCUAUCCUGUCUUCUGUUCCGGAACUGGUUAUGUUUUUUCUGGAGAUCUAGCAGAAAAGAUAUUUAAAGUUUCUUUAGGUAUCCGUCGUUUGCAUCUGGAAGACGUAUAUGUAGGGAUCUGUCUGGCUAAGUUAAGAAUUGAUCCUGUGCCCCCGCCCAAUGAGUUUGUGUUCAAUCACUGGCGAGUUUCUUAUUCAAGCUGUAAAUACAGCCACCUAAUUACCUCUCAUCAGUUCCAGCCUAGUGAACUGAUAAAAUACUGGAAUCAUUUACAACAAAAUAAGCACAAUGCCUGUGCCAAUGCAGCAAAGGAGAAAGCAGGCAGGUAUCGCCACCGUAAAUUACACUAAAAAAGAAGAUUGUUGGCUCAAGUGUACAAUCUGUAAAUAGUGUUAAAAAAGCAUGUAUAGUAAAAAAAAAAAAUCGAUGACAUCUAUAGGACAAGUUUUAGUUAACAAUUCACCACAUAAAAGAAUGAUUUUAUUUCUGAAGGUAAUUCUUAAUACUGCAAUGUUAUAUGAUUUUUAAGUACCCCAAAAGAAUCUAUUUUAAAAAAUGUAUAAGGGGAUUAUGUGUAUUAACAUGCAAUAACAAGCAUGCAUCAUACAUCAAUGGGUCAAGUCUUAUAUUGGGGCCAAUAAAAUGUAUCUGCAUACAUUUUCCAUAAAAGUUUUCAUUUGAAAAAAUGAAAGAAGUCAAAAGACUUCAUUUUAGAUUUGACUUCUCAUCUGAAUAUAAAAACUAAAUGUAAAUAAAACACUAUUAUCAAUUUUAAGGAAACUUUGUAAUUGUGUAAAGGACAAAUUUUCAGACCUAUAAUAGAGUUCUAAAGACUACAUUCAUGAAUUAAGAUUUAGUUGAGUUAUUCCAUAAACUCAUUCAGAAAGUUCAGCUGUUUUAUCAAUGCAGUUCUCAUCUAAGGAUUUACUUUUUUAAAGUAAUUGAGAUACUCAAUUUAAUAUACAUUUUGGGAAAGUUAUUUUGACAUAACAUGAUUAAAUGUGAAAAAGUCUCAGGCUCAAGUUUUUAUUUUGAAAAGUUAUUAAAUGCUUCAAAACAGGUAAAUUUUCUUUGAUUGGUAUUAAGAGCCAUUCUAGUAAUUCAAUGCUAUUUGAUUAGAUUGAAUGCUGCACUCUUCAAGUAUACCACUAUUUAACUUCAACUCCACCUGAUGUUUGUAAAACCCAAUCAUGUUCCUCAAACAGGAGAACAUAAUCACUUAAAAGGCAUCAAGAAGAUGCACUGUUGAAGAAAGAAUGCAAUAGCAGUUUCAUGCAAUACAUUUUGACACAUCUAAUAAACUGCAACAUGCAGGAAAGCUUCUUCACUGGCAACAGGUGUGCAGGUGCCGUACUUAUUUUAUGGCACCUAUUUCUGAGUCCCAAGUUUACAAGCCUACAGUUCUUAAUUUGGUAGAUGACAAAUAUUCUACAUCACCAAUUAAAAACUUCCAGGGAAGGUUAGGGAGAAGAGUUAAAAAUGUUUGAUGAGCACUUGAUUCUUGGAAGAGCAAUGUAUACAAUGCACUUUUAUCAAGUUUUUAAUAAAAAGGUUAAACAGAAGAGCCUUCAUUGAGUGUCAUGAUACAAAUAUUUUCACAAUUUGUUUGGCUGCAUUAUGAAUUUUACA